AUGGUUACUGUUAAAAAACCUGAUGUUUCAAUCUUUGCAAAUCCACAUCGUAAAUCGGACGCAGAAAAAUCACUUCAUUUUGAUGCACAAGAAAAAGGUAAUCAUACACCAUCUGAUGAGUCAUAUGUACGUGAAUACAAAGAAUUUGCUGGCGUGACAAUAAUAAUACGAACAGUUCAUAAUCCAAGAGCUUUCGGAAAUUCAGAUAUAUCAGGAAAAGCUGGUGCACAAGGUGUUCGACGAAAAUCCGAUUUUCCACCAACAAAUCAAUUAAAUAAACAUGAAACAAUUGACCAUGGAGAUAAGAGUGAUCAUACAGGAACAAGUUAUUUGACAUCUGCGGCAAAUAGUUCAUCAAUCAAUUGGCUUAAGUUUAAACGUGAUUAUAAUAAACAUUAUAAAUCAGCUGCUGAGGAAGCCGAACGUAAACAAAUAUUUUUUGAAAAUGUAAAUCGAAUGCGUACUUAUGAACGACUUCAUCCAAAUGCAACAUUCAAACUUGAUAUCAACCAUUUGACUGAUCGACGCAUUGAAGAACUCGUUUCACGUUCAAAACACUACAUUGAACCCUUAGCUGGAAAUAUGGAAAGUACUCUAGAAUUAAUCGUUGUACCAGACUCAUUUGAUUGGCGUACAAAAGGUGUUAUUUCGCCAGUUGAAGAUCAAGGUAUGACUGGUGACGUUGAGGCCAUCGUUGCUGUAGAAGUUAUUGAAAGCUGGUACGCUAUUCAAACGGGAAAGCUGGUACAAGGUAGUGUUGCUCGUGUCGUCGACUGUUGUCCACAACCAGCUGAUCCGUUUCAAUGCAUCAUGAAGCUGGGUGGUAUAUGUAGUGCUGGUGAUUAUCCUACACCUACUGGUAAAUGCAUACCAGACCAAUGUAAACCAUUUGCUCAUAUGCAACUUGUUGGUUACGGAAAAACAGCCUCUGGAGAUCUCUUUUGGAUAUGCAAGAAUAGUUGGGGUGCCGGUUGGGGUGAAAAAGGAUACAUACGUGUCUUACGUGGGCAAAAUACCUGUGGUAUUGCUUCUUAUGUCGUACAAGUUGCAUAA